AUUAUGUAUAAAUUACAUACAAUACGUACAUUUUGUAGUUUGGAAAAAAUCUAGAAAUUAGAAAAAUGUUCUGUAAUAAUUAAUUGCUGGGCAUGAUUUCCUGCCAUUUCAGCAACAUCAUCGUCAUUGUCUUCUUCCUCUUCAUCAUCUUCUAAAGCGCCAAUUUCAUCCAAGUCUUCAUACCACUUAGGGGGAAGAUUUUAUUCAUUUCUAUGGCAAUGUUAUGUAACACAGCAGUUGCCACAAUCACAGUCAUUAUAGUUUCCAACUUCAGCCUAAAUGUAACACAGGAAACCAUCGUUUCUACAAAUUCAUGCUUUAAUCUAAUAGUACAAGUUGGGGCAAAAGUAAUGUCAAAGUGUAAAUGUGCCAUAAUUUUUGCAAAUCUCAUCAAAUGCCAUUGUGCUUUGACAUUUAUGUUGUAGACAGAUAAGGAAUUAGUUGACAACAAGCAGUGGAGCGAUACACACCUGAAGAACGCGGAAUUAUUGUUACUGCUUAUUUGACCAAUUUUCGGUCUGUUGUUUUAACGCAGCGUGAAUUUCGACGUCGUUUUCCUCGUCGUCCUGCACCAUGUGCGCGAACAUUUAAGCGUUUGGCUGACCGUCUGCAAACUGGAUCCACUAGAGAUAUGACAAGAAGGGGCCGACCCCGUAUUGCUCGUUCGAUCGAGAAUGCUGUGGCCGAAGACGUCCACAAACAUCGACGAGAAAACGAUGCACACAAUUUGGCAUCAGUAGAUGUUCGUUGCGUCGAAUUUUGGUGAAAGACCUGAAGAUGUUCCCUUACAAAGUGCAAACCGUUCACCAAUUGCUGCCUGCUAACCGUCAAGUGAGGUUAACUUACUCCCAUGCUCUGUUAAACCUGGUGCCAGAAGAGGAAUGUUUUUGUAUCCAAAAUCAUAAAGAGCGACGAAGCCCAUUUUCACUUAAGUGUUUAUGUGAACAAACAAACUUUGCGUUUCUGGGGCACGGACAAUCCACAUAAAAUGCACGAAUAGCCAUUGCAUCCCCUUAAACUGACUGUUUGGUGCGGCAUUUGCAGUGAAAAAGUUAUAGGCCCUAAUUUUUUUGAGGACGCCAACGGCACUGCCGUAACCGUUACUGGUGAGCGUUACAGACAGAUGUUAAACGAAUUUUUUGUUCCGUAAGUUGCUGAAUUGGGUCUCGAGCAUUGUUGGUUCCAAGGAAUUACGAAUUUGGAGCCAGAUUUUUUGCGAACCACAAUUUAAAAUGCCGUAAAACGAGCACAAAUGUACAUCAACUCAGGAGGUGGUCAUUUGACCGAUAUCAUUUUUUCAACUUAAUGUCAUCAAUUUUACACUAUGACUAUGGCAUUACUUUUGCCCCACCUUGUACAAUACGAAGUGCAAUCCUCUCAAUGGACAAAUAACCAAGCGACGUUACACCCUUUUGUAAUUUAUUUAAAAAUAAAUGAUGUAAUUCAAUGUAAAACAUCAGUGAACGUAUUAUACACACCAUUGGGUCUUUUUAUGCAUUUCAAAAAGUUUUUCUUAAAUUUGUUAAACAAAACUACCCCGAAUAAAAAAAAAGAACCACUUUAGUGAUGGAGCAGCUUCACAAUACAAAAAUAAAAAGUAUUUUGUUAUUUUAUGUCAUCAUAAGGAUGAUUUCGAGUUGAAAGCAGUAUGGAACAUUUUCGUUACUUCUCAUGGAAAAAACCCAUGUGAAGGUCCAGUAGGAAAAAUUAGGAGAAUUGUUAGAAAAGCUAGUAUACAAAGAACAGUAGGCAAUCAUAUCUUAACCACUCAAGCAAUGUUCAAUUUGUGUAGAACAAAUUCCUGGGAUUAAAUUCUCGCAGAUAUUGAAGCUGAUGAGUCAGGGUUUAUGAAUUUAAUUACGAUUUGUUAACUUUGUUGUACAGUCGAUAAUUGAAAAUAGAUUUGUAUACGACAAUAGGAAGGAUGGUUUUAAAAAUUCAAAAAAGAAAAAGCGAGCAUGGCAUGAUAUAGAUCUACAAUGGGGAUUAACAGGUAGGUUGAGGUUAUUAACAUUACGUUAGUUGCUUUAUUUAAAAUAUUGAAGGGCAUGAAGCUAUAAAGUACUUCAAAUAAUUGCGAGAAAAAUUUUGGCGCUUACAGCGCAAAGAAGAAAUUGCCUCCAGAAGUGGUUCCGGCAUAAUUAAAAAGGAAAAAUGGGAGUUGUAUGAACUGUUUUUGGAUAAAGUACAGAGACACUGCAAGUAAGUAUAAUUUUGCAAUGCUGCUUUUGCAUACUCUUUCUAUUUGGCCAGCGGGAUACACCAUCUUCUAUGAAAGAAACGCCUGCAUUGUUGAGUUGUGGUGACAUCACAAUUGAGGUAGAUGAAGGCAUCCAGAGUUAUGAGCUACGUAAAGCAAAUUUAUUAUCACCUAAAGUGAUCAAGAUAAAUAUCGUAAUGUAAUAAGUUACAAUAUUAAAGACGACAAGGUUAAUGGAUUUGAUACAACUAAGACUGAUAGAGGUAAGUUUGCAAAUCAUGCGAGUAGAAAAGAAGGUACUUGUUGAACAAUGGGAAUAAUGGCCAUUGUUUCUAUUGUUUUAUUGUUAAAGUGACUUAUGAAUGACAGGCCUAUGUUGAACAAUGGGAAUAACGGCCAUUUGUUUCUAUUGUUUAUUGUUAAAGUGACUUAUGAAUGACAGGUUACAAUUUUGACAAAAGCCGCGCAUAUAUCAGGACGUGGAAGUCAUGUGUACUCUAUUGUUAAAGUGAUUUAAGUAUGACAGGUCAUAAAUUUUGACAAAAGCUUAGUCCACCUUAUAACGUGGGAGUAUGUGUUCUAUUGUUAAAGUUAUUGCGGCAAAUGUUAACAAAUACCUUUUUAUUAUUAGGAGAUUACAAAAGCACAGGUGUAGCAUACGGUUAAAUGACAAGUAGAAACUUGUUUUAUUUAAAUAUAAAUUACAUUUAAAUUUUAUUCAGUCUUUUCAAAACAUUUGGUAGUUAAACAUAAAAAUGGAUUUAUCUUUUAAGCAUACAUUCUGUGCCCUUGUAAGCGGCCCAACAUCUUGCGGGAAGACAGUAUUUACUUUAAAUUUUAUAAAAAAUAUUAAAGAAAUGUGCAAUGUUUCAUUUAAAAGUAUAAUAUGGUAUUACGAUGAGUGGCAGCCCGGCUACGAAAAUAAAUUUAAUAUUAAAUACACGCAGGGCUUACCAAACAUGAGCGAUUUUAACGGUUCCGAACCAACUUUAAUUAUAAUAGACGACCUAAUGAAAGAAGCGGGUGGUUCAAUUGUGGAUAUAUUUACAAAGGGGAGCCAUCAUAGAAAUUUAAGCGUAUUUUACAUAACACAAAAUCUUUUUCAUCAAGGAAAAGGUCAGAGAGAUAUUUCAUUAAAUGCCCACUAUAUAAUUUAUUUUAAAAACCCUAGAGAUAAAGCACAAAUUUCACAUUUAGCAAGACAAGUGUGCCCUGAAAAUUCCCGGUUUAUUCAAGACGCAUAUUAUGAUGCAACGACUCGAGCCCAUGGUUAUUUAGUACUUGAUUUAAAGCAAAACACGCCUGAAUCGCUUAGAAUUAGAACAAAUAUAUUACCCAGCGAAUAUCCUACUAUUGUUUAUGUUCCAAAGAAGGGCAGUAAACACGAAUCAUAUACUGAAUAUUGUAUUAACCCUGUAUAGGUGUGUGAGACACCUGCAGACACGUUAAGACGUGUUACAAAUACUUUUAUAUAUAUAAAAGAGCAGCUUAUAAACUAAAAUACCAGUCGUGUUAAAGUCUCAGUUUAAUCAUGAAUAUUGAUUUUACCAAAAUGUUUAAUAAAUGGUC